AAUUUUAUAAUCCGUGCCUCUGACCCAACACUGCUCAAAAUAUGAAAACAGCAGAAGAAAAAAAAGCGUUUGUCCCUGAGGAAAACACCGACCCUCUAAGUGAGCAAUAAAUCUGGCACUUAGACAUGAAUAUGUGUGUGUGUGUGUGUGUGUGUGUGUGAGCGUGUAAAUGUACUCGGUGUUCCUGAAGUCUGUAGCCUCCAGAGAUGUCAAAUGUUGCCGGCAACAUCCGUAACCCGUGACCCCUGAGACUCCUGUUUUGUUCUCGACUCUCCGGGGCCCCCUCUCGAGAUAUCCAUCCGCUGGAACUCCCCGGGAUGACGGACUCCCCUGUCAUCCCCAUUCCUCCGCACUACACCCCGGUAGCCUUUGACCUCCCCGCCACCUCUCGCCUCUUCGCAUUCCAGCUAAAGGCGCUGAAACCUGAACCCGCGGUGAGCUCAUCGAAAAUCAAGAGUUAAAUGAUACCAAAAAACCCUGAGAAAUGUGAGAGGGAGAAAAGGGGAGAGGCAAGCCGCCGGAGCAGGACAGGUCUGGAACUGGUUGUGUGUGUCUGCUCGCCGGAGCUCCUCGGGGGGGUCAAGUUACAGCAGAGAAAGCGAGGCGAAAGAGGAAGAAGAAACUGCUGGCGUCUUUGAAUCCUCUCCGCUUUGUGUCCGCCUCGUUUUCCUGCUCCUCGCCGGCCUGACUGACUUGUGCCUGCAGUUUCCUCUUGACACACUUCAGCGAGCUCACCGCUCUCAAGUUAACGAGCCCGUCGGUGUCGUCCCGGUGUCUGUGAGCCGGGCUGACACGAGAGUGUAACCCCGUGAGGGCUUCUCUCCCUGCCUCUGUUCGCCUUUGACCCCGCUAUGACCACCGAGUGCUCAAAGACGGUCUCUGGAUCCAAAUGUCACCCCCCUUGGACUCUGCCCUGGUCUGGGACCAGCAGUGUGUGACGGACAGGCGAGCGGAGCCUGCGGUGGCGCUCAAAUUGGCCCUGGCUGAGCUCUGCAUGGAGCAGCGAGAGAAGAGUCCUGCUAUGGUCUGAUGUCUCAGCAUGGAUGGAGUCAGUCAGAGGACUGGCCACCACUAAUGAGACCAUCGCUCUUCGGCUGAGGACUAGCAUUUACAGGAUUACUCCCACAGUUUCCUGCUCUUUUCCUAGCUAACUGCAUCAUUACUUAACAAUCCUAGUUGGACGUUUUUUUUUAUAUUUUCAUGGGUCUGGUUUUUGGUGGAUAUAUACGUCAUUUGCCUCUCUGAUUUUCAUUUUUUUUUAUUCCCUCCCACCAGUUUUUUUUUUUUUUUAAAUUGUUGGUUUGCCUUUUUCCCCCUGUUUGUUUUUCCACUAUGGAGUUUCUGGCUGGACCCUGGAAUAAAGAUUGGGCUUCAUUCUUGCAAUUUUGGUUGACUGUCAUCCUAAGCCUCCAAAUGCAAUUCAGCCCAGGUGCCUCUUGUCCGCAAGAGUGUCGUUGUGACAAAGGGUUUGUGUACUGCAACGAACGCAGCCUGACAUCAGUGCCUCUGGGGAUACAGGAGGGCUACAAGGUCCUCUACCUCCACAACAACCAGAUCAACAAUGCUGGUUUCCCUGUGGAACUUCACAAUCUGGCCUCCGUAGAAACUGUGUACCUUUACGGCAACCAGCUCGACGAAUUCCCCGUGAAUCUGCCCAAAAACACAAAGGUCCUGCACCUCCAGGAGAACAAUAUCCAAACGAUCUCCAAGGCAGCUCUUGCCCAGUUGACUAAACUAGAGGAGCUACACCUUGACGAUAACUCCAUCUCCACAGUAGGGGUGGAAGAAGGGGCCUUCAGGGAGGCGGUCAGCCUCAAACUCCUCUUCCUCACCAAGAACCACUUAAGCAGCGUUCCCAUUGGUCUUCCCGAAGACCUGAAGGAGCUGCGGUUAGAUGAGAACCGCAUUGCUGUCAUUGCAGAGGAGGCCUUCCAGAAUGUGACACGUCUACAGCGCCUCCUGCUGGACGGGAACCUGCUGACAGACGAGGGCAUCGCACCAGGGACCUUCCAGGACCUGGCCAACCUCCGCGAGUUGGCUCUGGCCCGCAAUUCACUGACUUUCCCCCCUCCUCUCCUGCCCAGCCAGUCGCUGGUCAAACUCAGCCUACAGGAGAACCAGAUCGACCAGAUCCCCGUGGCGGCGUUUGCGGGUCUGAACAGGCUGGAAAGACUGGAUAUCUCCAGCAACCAGCUUCAGACUCUCACGCAAGGUGUGUUCGAUGGCCUGUCCAGCCUGAGGCACCUCAUAGUGCGAAACAACCCGUGGCGCUGCGACUGCACCGUAAAAUGGGUGGUGGUGUGGCUCAAAUCGCUGCCUUCCUCUGUCAACGCCCGCGGGUUUACGUGCUCGAGUCCGGAGAAGGUGCGUGGCAUGACAAUCAGAGAGCUCACGCUGGAUAUUAUCGAGUGCCCCAUUCAACCCGACCAGCCGCCCUGGCCCACCCUCCGCUCCACACCCCCUCCCCCACCCACCACCACCCCUGUCACCACCAUGAUUUCCACCCUCAUCACUUCAUCCAUCCCUUACUACUUUGACUCCCCCUCCCCCACGCUGCCCCCCUUACUUAACAACCCCGCCGGACCCCUGCCUCCUUACGAGGACCCCCUUCAGAUCUCCUUCCACGUGGUCAACUCCACCAACAUCGACGUGAGCUGGGCUUCCUACUUUACUGUCACUGCCUACAAGGUCACUUGGGUCAAAAGGGGCCAAAGCCAAAUCAACGAAGGAAUGCGGGAGAGGACGGUGAGCGGGGACCUGCGGCGCAUCAGCCUCACCAACCUGGAUCCCCGGUCUGUGUAUCGGAUCUGCGUGCACGUCCUGGACACCCUUAACUCCUAUAGGCCCGGGGAGGAUACUAUAUGCUCCGAGGCCAGGACCAAGCCGCCAGUGACCACCAAGCCUCCGGGCAGAGAGCAGGCUCCUCAGGACAGCAUCAGCUCCACGCUGCUAAUGGCUGGGAUCAUAGGAGGGGCUGUUCUUAUCGUCCUGGUUACGCUGCUCAGCUUGUUCUGCUGGCACAUGCACAGGAAGAACCGGUCGUCUUCGACCAAGUGGAAAUACAACCGCGGCAGGAGAAAAGACGACUACUGCGAGGCUGGAACCAAGAAGGAUAACUCCAUUCUGGAGAUGACUGAGACCAGUUUCCAGAUAGUGGCGCUGAACAAUGAGCAGCUGCUCAAGGGAGAUUUCCGCAUCCAGCCCAUCUACACUCCCAACGGGGGCAUUGGAUUUAGAGACUGUCACCUCAGUAACAACAGCAUAGCCUACUGCAAGAGCAGCAACGUGCCCAGUACAGAGUUCUGCCACACGUGAUGCUGCAGACACUCAGUACAGCAGCAUUCACACACACACACACACACACACACACACACACACACACACACACACACAAAGCAAAAAGACUUGCAUAAACACACACACACACUGUUUGUCUAGACAUUGAAAAAUAUAAAAAAUUAUAGUGAAAUAUAACUGUAUUAUAUAUAUUUCCAAGUUCUGUCUACGAUGUAAUUUAUACUGUGGAUAAUAAUGUGGGAUUCUCUGCUAUCUUUUUUAUUCCUAGAAAAACAGACACAAGUGUUUCUUUUUUUUAUAACCAGCAGGGUUUUGGAAGUUGUUUUAACGGUCAGUACUGUACAUGAACAUGGAUUUGUACAAUCACGGCACCCUGGGUGUAGCUUCUGACAAAAAAAAAUUUGCUGUCAGCCUUGGAAAUGUUUUUUGGGGGAGGGGGCGCUUUAGGAGGGCUGGGAUCCUUUGCUAACCACAGAAGCAAAAUACGACCUUUUCACACUUUGAAACCCUGCAAAAAAAUCAAAAGAAUAAUAAAAACAGCCUCCCCAGAACAACACAGCAGACGGGGAAAUCCAAACACUGCUGAUUAGAGGAAAUAUGGCGCUGGUUCAGUGACGGCGUGUUUAAAAGGAAAAAAAGAAAACGUGAGAAUUGAAGUGCACUUUCUUAUUAAUGGCAGCAAGGCAGGAAAUGAGCAGAGGUAGGUGGUGGUGUGUGACGGGGGUUGUGCACGGCCGUGCAGGUUGGGAAUAUCAUCGGUGUUGUUAAAAAGCCUGGACUGAAGUUUCUUAACACUAAAAGCAUCUUUGUUCUGUUCGUUUCCAGGUAGAAUUGGUGGGUUUUGGAAAAGAUGUCACCAAAAAAUGGUUUUUAAUGUGAGCUUAAAAGCAACAAGCGACUAUUGUUUCUAAAAUCAUGCUUGAAUGUGCUGAUUCUUGCUGAUCCUUUCCUUUGAAGAAACAUUCGUUAGUUCAGCUUCUUUUUUCCCCCAAUGUUUUAGCAAGUGAGGCCACAAGGGGGCAGUUUUCCUCAGCGUUGUGUGUGUGUGUGUGUGUGUGUGUGUGUGUGGUACAUAGAAAGACAGGCCAGAGAGAUCACUUUACCUCCACCAUUUCCCCCGAGCCCAUUACCCAGACAACAUUACUCAUGCUUGAACAGCAUUGUGUCGAGUAUUUUUGCUCAUUGGGCUACUUAAUGAUGUGGAAUCAUUUAAAACUAACAGUGUUUCUGUGUUUGGUGGCUAAAUGAUAUGGAUUUUCACCACUCCGGUCCAUUAUGAGAUGAUUUGUGUGUGUGUGUGUGUGUGUGUGUGUGUGUGUGUGUGUGUGUGUGUGGAGAGCAUGAUGAAUUUUGAUAUGGCUCACACAUAACACUAAUUAUACAGCCACUUAUCUCAACCUUGUCCCAUCGUCCAUUAGACUUUGUGAUAAAUUAGGAAAUUACAACAAUGGACUCGCACCCCGCCCGUGAUCGCACACUGCGCUGCGACCGAGCGCUUCAUCUAGCUUCUCAUUAUUUAUCCUUUUGUCCGCACUUAUAGUGUGGCCUUUUUAAUUCACGCUUUGCUCAGCCUAAACAAUGCAGCUGCUCACUUCACAACAGCAUCUCUGAGAGGAUGAUUGCCACUCUGUCUGCCUUCCAGUGUCAGCGUCCGACUCUUCGCUCCGAUCCGUGCACGGCUCAAAAAAACCACUUUCCUUGCCCUUCAGCUUGUAAGCGUUGGUGGCUUCUCUUUGCAUUGAAUGUGAGGGUGCCAGUGUGAGGUCUUCAUUAUGCACUUCUUAAGGAAGCUUUAUUUGAUUUGACAAGAUUUUAUUUUGAGGGGCCAAGCUUAAAGAGCUCCUUCCCUUUUCUUUCCCCCCUUCGUAUAAUCCUCAACCAAAAAAGGGAGAGAAAUAUGUAGGCCUUAUUUUCACAUGGCUGCCCGAAGCUCAUGCAGAGAGGCAGUUUUUAACUCUUUGCGAGGCACACAGAUUCAGCUGUUCAAAUGCACUGUACCCGACAGAGAGUCGGCACAACCUAAGAUCAAUUUUUACAAUCCAGAGAUUUUUUAAGGGCUCGUGCUAAGCGUUGAGAUUAAAAGUAAGCGCUCUUCCUAUGACUCCAGCAAUAGCUCAGAUUGUGAUAAAUUGGCCUGUUUGCUAUUCCAGUGCUUAAAAUCUGUUCAACUAUUAAUUGAAUACUUUAAUGAAUUAAAUCAUCCAUCUUAAAAUGUAAUUUAGGGUCGCUCUAAAAUUAUUUUUAUGUAAUGAAAAUUAAUUUGGUUUUUAGAUGGAAGUGGUAAUUUUUUUAAAAGAUAAAAUCUCUGUCAUUAAAUUUUGUUUAAUGGUUUUCUGAGUGUUUAGCUGGAAAAAAAAUCUAGAGUUUAAUCAUAAAAUAUUUUUGUAACAUUUCAGAAUAUCGUAUAUUAUCAUGUAGCCUAAUUGUUCUUUGUUGUACACUUUUUGUGUAUUUAGGUCACAGAUUUACUCUUUGCAGUUCAUUUGCCCAAAAAAAGAAACAAAACCCAAGAUAUAUAAUUUCAGCAAGAUAUGAAUCAGUAGCUUUGUUUUCUCAGAAAAGCGUUAUAGCUAGCAUAGCAAUGAACAAGGAUCAAUAGCAAAUAUGUUUUAGCUAUCACAACAACAUUGUCAUUGUCAGUUGUGUUUUUUGGUCAUGAUAGUUGUGCAGUAAAAUCUCCUAUUAAAAAACUAAUCAACACCACUUUACUGUUAGCAUGCUAAAAAACAGUGCUAGCACCGGCAGCCAGCUAGCCUAACCUAGCAUAGCUUAGAAAGUGAAACCAUGAAAACAGCUUGUUUGCACUCGCAAACAAACUAUGAAGUCUUCUACGCUGUAAAACCACAAGGUCAUUUUUAGACUUCAAAUUUUUGUACAGAUUAAACAAUUGUGAUCUAAUGUAGAUAUUGGACAUAGCGAGAUUAGCUGUAGCCCUGUCUGCUUCAAGCUAAGCUCAUCUGCUCUUGACUCUAGCUUCAUGUCUAUGGCGUCAAUCUUCUCCUUACUUUUGUAAGAAACCACCUAUUAUUCCUCAACUUCUAAAUUAAUAUGCAGGUGGCUUAGAUAAUUUAUGUAAAGCUAAGGAUGAUUGAUAGCAAUGAUUGAUUUGUUGAUAGGGUUUUUUAAUUUCUUUUUUGCCAUCAUAUCCAAAUGUCUAUUUUUGUGAAUAUUUUUGGCGAAAUAAUAACGUUAUCAAUCAUGUGAAAAAAGGCACAAUCAUACUACUCUGCUCACUAUAAGGGACACUGUCACCGGCUGCCUGUUAUCCUAGUUGAGCUUCAAGUCUGAAAACUGGAAAAUAGCUAGCGUGCUCAGGCUAAGGCUAAUAAAAUUUACUGUAAAAUGUUGUUUUUAGACUUCAUAUUUUUGCACAGAUUAAAAACAAAUGUGAACUAAUGUGCUAAUUAGUGGUGUUGACUUUGGUGCUGGUAAAUGGUGAGUUGAACAUAACAGUUUUAGCUUAUCCUUGAACUAAGCUAUACAGAUAUGAAAGUGAUGCGAGUCUUCUCAUCAGUCUCAGCAAAAAAAGUGAACUUUGUAAAACGGCAAACCCGUCUUUCACUUCUCAGCUCCUCUUUAAGUAUGUAAAUCAUUUAAAAAAAUAAUUUCAAGUUGUUCUACAUCUUCUGUGGUUAUCAAAGUGUCUCCACUUUUUGUUUAAAUCUUUUUCUACUAAUACACAUAUCAGCCAACCCAAUACACGCUGUCCAUCGAGACACACCAGGCUGCCCUGACCUGUGCUCGGCUUUCCCCUGCUGGGUACCUAACCGACAGUUCACCAUGUACGGUUCGCUACAUGCUUUAACAGCUGACCAUAAUCCCACGCAGUACACUUGAACAUGUACAACUGCUACCGCUGGGAAUUUUUUUUCUUUCAUUUUAGAUAUAAAGCCCUAUUUUAGUCCCACGAUCAAGCAAGCCAGGUGAAUCCAUUGCAACAUUUAGCAUCUCCCCCUGUCUGUGAAUGUGUAACGGAGACAGAUAUUUGCCUUACCUUUUAUGCAGGAAUGAAUGAUUAACGAGAGGGAGAGAGAGCGAGGGAGUUAAGUGGGAGGAAGAAAGGGGAGUAGAAAGAUGAGACAUAAAGAGACGGCGGCAAGAACAGAAAGCACAUUUCUCCGACCGACUGCAGCAACAAUAACAGCGUUAACAGGAAGCGUGACACACACAGUAGCUAACGAAGAGACUGUUCGUCCAUAGUGCCAGAAAUUAAGCGGUGCACUGCUAAUGAUUCAGCCAGACUGGGAAAGGCUUUGGUGGUUGUUUUGCAGCACACAUUAGUCUUAAUUUCGAUCAAGACACUGCAGUGCCAUAGCCAAUGGAAUUUACACACGGCUGCGAGUGUGGGCUUAUUACAGUUUCAGGGUGCCGAGAAGCUCAUUGAUUCACGUUGAAAUAAUUACGUUUAAUCAUUGAGAGGUCACCUCAGACAGAACACGUGAAAUUGAGAAGGUGGAAAGUCGCCCUUUGCUUCCUGCAGGCAGAACCUUUGCUGCAAAUAUCUAUUAGCCAGUGAUGUUCAUUCAAGAAUUUUUUGCAUGUACUGUAUUUAGCUUCAUAGCCUUUCAUUUGUUAUCACACCAGGGUUUGGACUUUCAAAUAUUUCUUCUUCCCGAUCGAUCGCCACACGCGGUUGAGAUGCAGCGCGAGCAACCAGAUUUUCUUUGGUGUAGAGGAAGUAGGCUGGAAACUUACAGUGCAUGUAAAAUGGCUAUGUUUGGAUACGUCGCCAUCCUGGCUUCUCAUCCGAGACACAGUGUUACGUUAGCCAUCCACACCGAGACGUUUUCUUAGGAACCAAAGUUAAAUUUCUGUUCUCAUGAUGAAAUAUUGAUGUUGUUCCAUGUAUGUGCCUUGAGGUUGAACUUACAAUGUAAAGUCCUUGAAACCUUUAAAUGUUUUUGCACAAACUGUAAAUACUUAAGUGAAGCUUUUUGAAAAUAAAAGAGCCAUUGGAUUUGAGCGAUCACUCUUUUCCUUGUAUCCAGCAAAGAAGUGAAUGUGCUCUUUGGAGUGAUCCUGCAUUCUUGUUGCUCUACAUGUUCCCCAAAAACACACUCGGAGUGAAAUCUAUUUUGGGUCAGAAACUGGCAAUUCUGUGUCAAAGAUUUGUGCUGUACGCACCAUGCCAAGUUAUCCUCUUAUUUCUAUAUGGGAAGCUUGUGCCAUCUUAGCGUAGCCACUGCAGCUUAGCAUUCAGCUGGGGAGAAUCCAGGAAACUCUCUUAUUCUGCUUGUAUGGCACAACUAAACCCCAGGAUGGGCUCGAUCUCUCAAUCCCUGUGUUUUACCAAAGUCCAACGUUUUUCCCUCCACGUGACCGCAUCCCAGUGUGGCCUCUGUAACCUCCAGCCUGCUAAGAAGCCCACGUUAGCCUAGUCUUAAUUCACUCUGACAAUUAACCACAGCUGAAACAAAAGGGUGUGCCACUCUGGUAUUUUGAGCUGGAAAUGGGUAUAUUUCUCAAAAUCCCCAAAUGUCAAAAUGUGAUUUGUUAUUGCGGAAUUGUCGGCUUUACGUGGAGGCCAAGUGGUUAAAAGAAUCGAGGUUUUGGCACUCGCAUCAUCUGCUGUCUGUUCCUCCCUCUUUCUGUGUUGUGCAACUCUUGCCUUGAAAGAUUUAGUGUAUAAUCUCCCCCCUGUGCAUUUACCAGGACUGGCUUCUUCACUGAGGUGAAGCUAGUCAUAAAGGAAUUAUUCACGCAGUUUGGAUUAAUCAUUAAAAUCUUUUGUGAUGUGUACAAAUGUUUGCAAGAAAAUCAGGACUGCCAUCGAGAAAUGUAACAAACUGUAUCAAAUGUUUAAAAGUACAAUUUCAGGAGGGAAAUUAUAUGUUAAAAGAAACUUCCAAUCCAUGUAAAGUAUUCAAAGUUAAGAAACAGCUUUUCAGAGUAAAUAAUAAUUGAAGACUGAGAACUGUCAAAUUUUGCUAAGCUAGCUGAUUUUAGCUAAUUUUAUUGUUAUAUAAUUUAAAAUAGUUUACAGUUGUUACAGUGGUCUAGUUAUGACAUUAAAUAGCAUUUUAUUAAAUGUCAGGUUCCAGACGCAUCAACCACACGACCUUAAAUUUGAACCUGUUAGCGGCCGUUUUCUGAAUGGGUCAGAUUAGCUAACGAUACUGUAGCAAGUUCAUUGUGUUAGUUACACGUUACACAGGUGCUUCAUCCUUUGUCAGUGUUGGAGCUUAAAGCCUACAUUUAAUCGAGCAGGUAUAUUUGAAGUAUUGACUUUGUUGUUUUCUUGCUGCUUUAUAUUUUACAUUGAAGUAUAAAAUAGACACUGCUAAAAUUAGCAACACAUAUAAUUAACUGUAGAAAUUCAUCAGAUUUUUAACCACAUGAUUAUCACGUUAGGCUAUGCAGAUGAGAACAACAAUAUUCUGAAUGUGUUAAAUUUGCUAGUUUAAUUAUAUGAUCUAUUAUUUCCCUUAGCUGUCGCCAAAUUUCAGUGUUGCUCUGCAUUAUAGAGGGAGGUUUAUGUGCAUAAAGCUAUAACAUCUAUUAUUAUGGUAAAGUGCUGCUUAGCCAUUAGUUAUAAAAAUUAGUGUAUAAGGUAAUAGCACUUAUUUUUUAAUAUUAGUGCUGCUUAAGUAGCAUUUCACUGUUAUAUAUUUAUUUUAUGCUCUUAUGUAUUGUAAGUAAAGGACUAUUCUGUCGUACAGUCUGGUGAAAACUAAUCUCUUGUUAAAAACUCUUAUUUGUGCUACAACCAUCUUAUCUAUUGAUUUGGUAAGCUCUGCUGAGUAGUCACCUACCCAGUGAGUACUUAUCUGAAAACCCAGAGAUAAGUACUCACUAGGAACAGAGUUGGUACGCUCAGUUUUCUAGAACAUGUUUUUUGUGAACACUGUAAAUCAUUUCAAAGAAAGUGGUUUGUCAUAUUCCAUAUGGCAGCAACUAAUCAAAUGUGAAUUUCUGCCUUUGAAUCGUUCCGUGAACAGGUGUUAGCGCCGAGUAGCUUUAUUUUUUUCGCCCCGCUAAAGGAAUAUUCAAUUUUGUGCCUUGUAAAAGCUCCAUAACAGCCUUACUUUGUGAUCCACAUUUAAGCAUCUUCUAAUCAGCCUCAAUAUGGUGGAAAAGUCAUUAAAGCAUGCAAUUUAAAGCAAUCUUAUUCCAGGUAUUACAAACGUCGACAUCUGGCAGAAUUAACAUUGAACUGAUUGGUUUAAAGCUGCGCUCCAGCGUUAUCCCGUCUUUCAUUGCCCUCAGUAGUCUUUAAUUAAAGCCUGAAUGCAGGUGAAGCCUUUGCCUCUUUCACAAUAUGUCGAGCUAAUCGUGUGUCACAGUGGGUCACUGGACUCUGCCUAUUGGUUGCCAAGAGUGGACGCAAUGAACAUUAAGUAAAAACCACCCAAAUCAAUUUAGGAUCACCUUGCUGUGUGAUGAAAUUAUAUGAAAAGUAAAUGAAUGGAAAAUUGGUCUGAACAGGCAGCACUGUGUGUGAUUAUUCCUGCGUGAAGGUGAAGGAGGAAAAAAGGCCCGGCGACUUUUCCCUUUUCCGAAGCAACACUGUUUGCUGAAGGUGCUCGCCCUUUUUGAUGCCAGCCAUUAAAAUGUGAUGUUCCGAGUUUAAAGCCACCCAAACGCAGCACAGACAGCGCGGGAAUUCCUCUGGCAGUGUUUAAGGGUUGAACGCGGGGUGAUAUUUUCAGCGGUUGUCGAUCAGGGGACCGUUUUGAAAUGUAAAUUCAAUUUGUCCUUCUGAAUUUAGAUUUUUCAGCGCCAGAUUGCCAUGUGAGCUGCGAACAGCCUUUUUUUUCUUUCUCUGUAUCUCAGCACAGAAAAUGUGCUCGGCACCAUUAAAAUAAGAAAGAUAUUUUCAGCACUGAAAUGAGUGCAUUAAAUCAGGCCUGACAAGCUGUUUAGUGUCUGUGAGGAGACUUGCCUUUAAAAACUGCAGCACUCUCCAUAAUAUGAACUGUUUUCUUUCCUUUUACAACUUAUGAAAAGUUGGCCACCGGCUAUACGGAGCACUGUAAUUGGUGACAAGAUAAGGGGUUACACUGAAAACUGCUGUCUGGCUGCCUGACCUGGGUGGUGUUUACAGGUGCAGACACACUAAAAAGCAGCCCCCGCUGUUUACAGUGUGAUGCAACCCACAACCAGACUCCUGCAACAAAUGGUGCCAUUGUGAAGCUUAUAAUGGUCAGUUUGUGUUGCGGCAGUUUCCUGGAGGCGAUGAUAGAGUUGACCGGCCAAUGGUAACAGAUUGCAGUGAACUGUAUCUAAGGUAUGAAUCAAGAUGGUUAGUAAUCAUUUUAAUAGGUUUUGCCAUCAUCUACUAAUAUUAUUUGUUUUAUUUUGGCCAUGUGUUAAAACUACUGUAGCCAUAAUCUGGACACUUUGUGCAUCAAUAGGAAGUAUAAUGUUGCACAUUUUACAAACUUAGGCCCACUUUAUCCAACCCCGUCUUUUAAAGUGGAAGUAUUAAUGGUGCAUAUUGCGUGCUGAGAGGUUUGAAUGCACUUUUACCUCACAGUCUCAACUUUCUAUAGCCAACUCACUUGCACCCCCCUCAGGAUGUGCACCUCACAUGAAAAAAGCGUAUAUAUUUACUGAGAUCUAUGAAGUGUAGCAUGUUGGUUUUAAUGUUUCAUAGAAAGAUAAGUAACCUGCCAUGCUAGCUCGGUGAGUUUACAGAGAUUAUUACAAACUGCAGCAUCCACAGUAUUAGAAACACUGCCUAAACUGCUUUUGAUUGGACGCCUGUAACUGCACGGCUCUGUGGCUUACUGCCAGGUAAAAACUCUCACGUUGACCUGGCAAUUUAGCUUGUUUUUCAAGCUCACAAUAUAUGUACAUGUCCUCGCUGUCUUUUUUCCGUGAAGCUGCGCGGAGUGGAACUUCUGCGCAUUUGUAUGCUAAUUGGUGAUUUCUCUGUCUAGCUUACAUUGCGGUGUUGGGUUCCUCGGGGAGCCUGUUAUCAUAAGAAAGGUGAUGUCUUCUAACACAAGUAUAGAGGAAUAAUUGGCUUGGACCUGAACAGCACUUCGUCUCUGUCUGGUUUGCUUGAUUGAAAGGAAUUGUGCGUCUGGUACGCUUGAAAUUAAAAAAAAAACAACAAUAUUAAUGAUGUUGAGCUGGAUGAGUUUUUUUUUAAUAGAGAAGAUGUUUAUGCAUGCACAGCAAUCACAACAAGGAGGAAGGGCGAAAUGGAAUAAAUUGGCUGUUCUGGCUUCGAGUUGUUGUUCUUCAGAAGUCAUUUGUGGCAAGACUAAAUGUGAACAUUUUAAAUAAUUAAAACGCCACCUGCCAAGGAAACUUUGAGCAAAUUCCCCAGUAGCCAGCCAGAUUAAAGUUUAACUUUCUCUCCCGGAGCACAUGGAGCAAGAUAGCACUUCCAUAUGCCGGGCCAGUGGGUCAGAGGAGUCGCUGUUCCAGGUGGGACGGAGCAGCUGUGACCUUGAGCGCUAGUCGCCGUCUGGUAGUGCCCAUAAUGAAUGGAGACGGUGAUGAAUAGUGAAAGCAAAAGGCUCCCAGCUUUCUGGAGGUGACCAGGAGGAAAUGGGCUCUCUCUCUUUGUUUUCAUGUUAGAUCUAAGUUCAGCAUGUGCAACGUCUCAGCCCACAGAGGUUCACCGACAUCACUGAAGCUCUGCUGAGACUCAAAACCCAGGACGACUGGGUGAAGUUUUGCUUUAGAGAAAACAAAAGCAAAUGUGUUAUAAUUAUUCUUUUGCUUACAUUUAGAAACAUCUUCCCUAAAGAAGCAGAAAAUCUAACCUCUGUAGGGUUGAAGCAUUUAUGAGGGUGAAUAUCACUGAUGGAAGGAAAUCCUGAGACUAAACUUUUCAAUAAGUGGCUGUUGUUUGAGUUUCACCUCAGUUUUGUUUUAGAGUUCAGCUGUGUUUAUCUGACCAAUCAAAAGACUAAGAAAUAAUAUUAGCUAAUUUGCCCCUUUCUGGAGCUAUAAUAGGUUCCUCAGAACAAGAUUUAAAAGAUGAUGAUAGUUAUCCCCACCCGAGUGUGACGUGGGUCAAACCUCACCGCUGCUUUGAAAUGGUCCAAUAGUGAUAUAUAAAAAGUAAGUCAGCAACCAAACUGAUUUAACUGGCAAUUAAAAUUGGUAAAUGAAACACAACCUGUGCUGGUCGUGUUUCAUUUAAACGAUAUUUAAACUAUUCAUCUUGUCAGCUUUCUACUUUUCUACGUACAUUAUCGAAGAAGCAAAUGUAGGUUUGCAUACAAAGCUGCCUCCAAGUUUCACCACAGCGACAUGAGAAAGUGCUCAACUGCGAUGCGAGACCGCAGCGAGGAUCGUUGCGAGUCACAUAAUCUCCCCGAGUCAUGAACUCCUUGUUCACAGCUGCAUUCUUCAGGCCGAAGUCAUAAAUACCCUCCUUGGAGAAAGUAAAACCCGUGGUGCUGCAGUACUGCUGGCCCAGAAACAAGGCUUUGAUGAGCAAAACAUUCCCCCAUUUGUGAUGGAAAGAGUGCUGAGUGGUUGUCGCCAGGCAAACAUCUGCAGUCGAUGUAACACAGGAAAGUUGCUUUUGAUGUGCGCUCAUUUACAGUCUGUUAGAAAUCACGAGUUGCUGUGCACGUCGUUGGUAAUUGACUUUACUGAAUUGAUCCAAAACUGCAUCCAAAGAAGGGAUUCUUAAAUAAAUACAGUUCACUUGAUUUACCUUCGAGAAAUUAUAUUUAUGUUUAGCUGCGAGCGCCGUCAUCAUUGACGUUCUCUGUGGGAUGGCAGUUUUUGGUUCUGACUGACAGUGUUUGUUUAUAGUAUAUAAAAAAAUGAUAAAUCAUUAAGGAGUAAAUGUGGAAUACAUUGUGCAGAAGUCUAUAGGACAGCAGGUUUCUGUCUUUACCUCUGUAUGCACUGUCUUGUCGAGGUUAUGGGCUCAGUCUCUCAUUUUGGGUUCUACUGAAUAAAUAAAUCUCUUUUGUAAAUCUU